UAGGACUUCCAGAGAAGUGAGAUAUGCAAAAUGUGUGUGCUAGUCCUUACAUGUUGGAAAAUGAAAGGUAUUUGGAUGUGAAUUACAGAAACUCAAGACUUCACUUGUGGAUGACUCAGAAAGAGGAGGCUUAUGAGCGAUGGCAGCUUCUCAGCUUGCAAAGGUGAGGUCUAAGUUUGUAGAAAAGGUGUCCAAAGAGGUUAUUAAGCAGAUCCUGGAUGAGCUGUUGGAAGACGGUGUUUUAAAUGAGGGAGAAUCAGAGUCAAUCAUAGAGGAGAACAGCAGCAGAGCUGACAAGGCACGCUGCCUCAUUGACAAAGUGAAGAAGAAAGGAGAUGUAGCAAGUACAAAGAUGAUAGUUCAUCUUAAGAGCAAAGACCCUACACUUUACACCACUCUGGGUCUGUCACAUGAGGAACCUGUUCAACAAGCUGCAGAGCCUCUGCAGAAACCAUCCACACUUGCCACCACCUCUCAGGAUAACAUCGAACACAAGAAACUUCAUGGAAACUCAAUUUACCAUGUGUCUAAAGAAUCCAUGUUGAGCCGCGUGGCCCUGUUAAUAUGCAACAAAGAUUUUACAAAUAAGAAACUAAACAGAAAAGGAGCAGAGAAAGAUGUGGUAAACAUGGAACACCUGCUCUCAACUCUUGGAUAUGAGGUGGUGAAACACACAAACCUCACUGGAAAGGGGAUCGAUAGUGCUCUGAUGUCGUUUAGUCAACACUCUAAACUUGCCCACACAGACAGUGUGUUUGUUGUCAUUAUGUCACAUGGGAAACUGGGAGCUGUUUUUGGUGUUGACUACGCUGAGGAAAAACCAGAUGAAUUCCCCAUCAACAACAUUUACAAAUACUUAGGACCAGGAAACUGUCCGGCACUGCUCAACAAACCGAAAAUCAUUGUCAUCCAAGCCUGCAGAGGAGCUGAAGCAGGAGCGGUGCUGGUCAGUGAUUGUGUGCAACCAGAUGUGGUUUCUGAUGACGUGUCACCACCAGAGGAGGAUCAGUCUGCUGCUGAAGAGGGCAUCGAGGAUGAUGCUUUACACUGGGAACAUAAAGAAAAAGACUUCAUCUCCCUUCUCUCCAGCACUCCUGAUACUGUCUCUUAUAGACAAACUGACAGAGGGUCUUUUCUUAUUCAAUAUACAAUGGAGGUGUUUAACUCCAGCUCACGCGAUGAUGACAUUGAGGAACUGUUCAGAAAAGUCAUGCAACGGUUUGAAGACUUUUCUGUUCACAAUAAAAGACAGAUGCCGACCAAAGACAGAUGCACUCUAACAAAGCGAUUCUACCUGUUUCCAGGCCACUGAGGCAGAAUCAACCGACCGACUUUAUCAACUUUCUCAAAAAAAAUUGUAAUAUCAUAGAAAAAGUUCAAGAAUUUUGUCAGUUAUUUUAGAAAAUAGUAUGCAUUCUUGACUUAUCAUAGGUUAACUAAAACAAAGUGGCUAUUGACACUGUGGGACGAAAUAUAGUUUUGUCUAUUACCACAGAGCUAAUCAGUGCCCUUAUAUCAUGUAUAUGCAUAUGAAAAGUACCUAGGCAAUCAGAUAGUAAAUAGGUCAAACAUUUACAGUGGAGAUUUAGCUCACUCAGUGAUGUAUCAGACUGCAACACAGGUUCAAUUCCCAGUUGAAGUAGUACUAAUUUGUCGUUUCUUCCAUUAAUUACCACAGACCUGUGGUAGCAAAAUGCACAAAAGAAUGUAUAUCACCACAGUACUGUAGCAACAAGAGGCAAAUGAGUUCAUGUAACAGUAUCCAUGAUUGGCUCUAGUACAAAUGCUAACAUUUGAUUGGCUCUGUGGCAAUAGACAAACUGAUAUUUCGUGCCACAGUUCUGUGGCAGAGGCCAUUACCCCAUUAAAAUGUUUAACCAAAAGCUGAUUUUAAAAUAUUACAAUAUUUCUUUAUAUAUCAUAUAUCAUCAUAUAUUUCAUUUUGAGUUUGAGUAAAUCAUUAUUUUUGUAGUGUAAAUACCAUGAAUCUCUUAGUUUAAAUCAUGAGGAAGACUACUAACCUGACAGUUUUCCAGACGUCCUUCACAAGGAGGGAAGGCCCCAGAUCACUGCUGAAAGGGCUGGUUAUUCAGAACACUGUAUCAGCAUGUAACCAUGGGGACUGAAAAGGAAAACUUUGAAAGGCAAAUGUGUGCAAGUAACAGGAGUGACUGUUGUCUUAAGGGGAUGGUCAAGAAAAGCUGAUUCAAGACCUUGGAGGAGUUUCACAAACAGUUUACCGAACAUGGAGUAAGUGCAUCAAGAAUCACCACAAACAGGAAAUAGACCAGUGUCGCAGCUGAGUAUUGACACACUCAUGAACUAGAGACAAUAUCAGCAGAGUCUCACCUGGACCAAGGAGAAAAAAACUGGACCACUGCUCUUUGGUCUCAAGUCCUGUUUUCAAAUGAAAGUAAAUUUUGCAUUUCAUUUGGAAAUCAAGGUCCAUUAGUCUGAAUGAAGAACAAAGAGACACAGUGACAUCAAGUCAUCAGGAUGGACAUCAGUGAUUCAAGUCCAGUGUGAAGCCUCCACAGUUAGUGAUAAUUUGGGGUGCUGGGUCAUCUACUGGUGUUGGUCCCAUAAGCCUUUACUGACUACGCUCCUGAGACCCAGGAAAGUAAAAGUUUUGGCUGUUUUUUUGUUUGUUUGUUUUUUACAUUAAAUAACAGUUCUGAUUGGAAACAGCAUAAUGCAAGUUUAGUCAAACACAUUAAAAAAAA